GGGGGGGGCAGAGUGAAAUGUUCUGCGAUUGAAUGAGAGAGAGAGACAAGAAGAGGAAACCUUUUUGACUGCCAACAUCUUCUGGACCUGUCUGGAUACACCAGCUAACAGACGACCGGUAUCCCCUGAAGGAGCAGGAGGCAAAAAGCAUGGAGGGGGAGGGGUGAAAAAUAAAACAAAAGGCUAGAGACCAAAUAGCUACCGUCUCUUCUGGCUCUGAAUUUGGUACCGGUAGGUGAGUUCUGGAUCUCUGCUCCUCUAUGUUUUCGCUACAUCUAUUCAUCUGCACUCCUCCAUGUAAAAUCCCAACGGCAGCUACUGUCUGUUACAGCUUUCUCUUCUCUGGCCAUCUGACAGCAUAAUAUAGACAUUAAAACAGGAAAUUAUCUAUCGCUUUUGCCUGACUACCUUCCUGCCUUGGAGAACUCAAAUGGAGAGUCCAAACAUCUGCCAGUCGUUGUCGUCUCCGACAGUUGAACCCAUCUGUCAUCUCCCGGAGCGUAGGCUUCUGUUGCUGGGGGGACAAGGAGCUGGGAAGAGCACCACAGGGAAUGCCAUCCUAGGUGAGGAGGUCUUCCAGACUGGGACAGAGACUGUCCACAGCACCGUUGGCCACGGGGGGGUCUGCGGGAGGCGGAUCACUGUGGUUGACACCCCGGGCUGGAUUAUACCCCGUGACUCAGCGGAUGAUGCCACCGGGGGCCCGCCAGAGCGGGCUGGCGAGGAGGGACCCUGUGUCGGUGCCACCCUCUGUCCCCCAGGGCCCCACGUGCUCCUGCUGGUGGUCCCCGUGUCACAGCCCUUCACAGAGGGUCACAGGAAGGCAGCAGAGAAGCAGCUGGGUCAUCUAGGAGGAGGGGCCUGGAGGUCCACCAUGGUGCUCUUCACUGGGGUCGACCAGCUACCUGAGGGGACGUUCGUGGAGGAGUUCAUCGCAGCUGGGGAGCCCCUUCAGUGGCUGGUGGAGAGGUGUGGUAACAGAUACCAUGGCCUGGAUAGUAACACACAGCAGAGUGGGGAUGACAAUACCGUGAACACACAAGUUCAGGAGCUGCUGGAAAAGGUAGAGGAGCAGCUUAAGGACAACCAUGGCUGGUAUUUUGCAGUGAACGAACUGAUUCUGCUAGAGGAGGAGCAGGCAAGGAAGGCGGUGGAAGAGAGGCGGGUGAGAGAGGAGCGGGAGGAGAAGGAGAGGCAGAGGCUGCGGAUGGUCGGAGGGCCUCCCAGAGGUAACCAGCUCUUAUUGCUUCACUCUUAGAAGAAAGGGUUUCAAAAGGGUUCUUCGGCUGUCCCCAUGGGAGAACCAUUUGAAGAACCCUUUUGAGUUCCAGGUAGAACUCUUUUGGAUUCCAUGUAGAAUCCUCUGUGGAAAGGGUUCUACAUGGAACCCCAAAAGGGUUCUACCUCAAAUCAAAUCAGAUUUUAUUUGUCAAAUGCGCCGAAUACAACAGGUGGAGACCUUACUGUGAAACGCUUACUUACAAGGCCUUAACCAACAAUGCAGUUUUAAGGAAAUAGAGUUAAGAAAAUAUUUACUAAAUAAACUUAAGUAAUAAAUAUAUAUAAUAACACAAUAAAAUAACAAUAAUGAGGCUAUAUACAGGGGGUGCCGGUAAUGAGUCAAUGUGCUGGGGUACAGGUUAGUCGAGGCAAUUUGUACAUGUAGGUAGGGUAUACCUGGAGUAUACCUGGAACCCAACAGUGUGUCUUCAAAGGGUUUGUAACAACGGUUAAUGUAAUAACACCGGUUAACGUUGUUACAGGGUUCUACCAUGGGGACACCCGAAUAACCUUUUUAAAUAUAACCUUAUUUUCUAAGAGUUUUGUAUACUUGGCAUAAUAGUUCAUAAAAGUUCAUGAAGGUUUGCGCAAAUAGCAUACAUGUUAAAAAGCUUUCUAUCUCUCCCUGUCUCUCCCAGAGCUGAGGGUCCUCCUGCUGGGCUGGAAAGGAGUGGGAAAAAGUUCUGUAGGGAACACCAUCCUGGGCAGGCGGGACUUUGAGUCGGGGACAGAGACGGUGCAGAGCCUUAGGAGGCAGGCCGAGGUGGCCGGACGCAGGGUCACCAUCGUAGACACCCCCGGCUGGGACUGGUUCUCUGUCAGACGCACCCCCAAACACGUCAGACAGGAGUCGAAGCGAGGGGCCACCCUCCUCCGGCCUGGCCCCCACACCCUUCUCCUGGUGGUGCCCAUCAUCUCCACCCUCACUGCACGCAAGAGGCGGACCCUGGAGGCCCACCUGGAGGGCCUGUUUGGUGAUAGGGCGUGUCUCCACACCAUGGUGCUGUUUAGCUGCGGAGAUUGGCUGGGCCGCACGCCCGUCGAGGAGCACAUUCAGAGGGGAGGGCGGGAGCUCCACAGGUUGUUGGAAUACUGUGGGAACUAUUAUCACGUGGUGGACAGCAAGAUGCCGGGGAAGGACACAAGGAACAUCUCAGAUCUGCUGGACAAAAUAGAGGAAAUGAUCAGAGAGAAUGGUGAUGAGGCCUUCUUGCCAAUACAGAGUGAGUAUAAAUAAAGUAUAUACAGUGAGGGAAAAAAGUAUUUGAUCCCCUGCUGAUUUUGUACGUUUGCUCACUGACAAAGAAAUGAUCAGUCUAUAAUUUUAAUGGUAGGUUUAUUUGAACAGUGAGAGACAGAAUAACAACAAAAAAAUCCAGAAAAACGCAUGUCAAAAAUGUUAUAAAUUGAUUUGCAUUUUAAUGAGGGAAAAUAAGUAUUUGACCCCUCUGCAAAACAUGACUUAGUACUUGGUGCCAAAACCCUUGUUGGCAAUCACAGAGGUCAGACGUUUCUUGUAGUUGGCCACCAGGAUUGCACACAUAUCAGGAGGGAUUUUGUCCCACUCCUCUUUGCAGAUCUUCUCCAAGUCAUUAAGGUUUCGAGGCUGACGUUUGGCAACUCGAACCUUCAGCUCCCUCCACAGAUUUUCUAUGGGAUUAAGGUCUGGAGACUGGCUAGGCCACUCCAGGACCUUCAUGUGCUUCUUCUUGAGCCACUCCUUUGUUGCCUUGGCCGUGUGUUUUGGGUCAUUGUCAUGCUGGAAUACCCAUCCACGACCCAUUUUCAAUGCCCUGGCUGAGGGAAGGAGGUUCUCACCCUAGAUUUGACGGUACAUGGCCCCGUCCAUCGUCCCUUUACUGCAGUGAAGUUGUCCUGUCCCCUUAGCAGAAAAACACCCCCAAAGCAUAAUGUUUCCACCUCCAUGUUUGACGGUGGGGAUGGUGUUCUUGGGGUCAUAGGCAGAAUUCCUCCUCCUCCAAACACGGCGAGUUGAGUUGAUGCCAAAGAGCUCCAUUUUGGUCUCGUCUGACCACAACACUUUCACCCAGUUCUCCUCUGAAUCAUUCAGAUGUUCAUUGGCAAACUUCAGACGGGCCUGUAUAUGUGCUUUCAUGAGCAGGGGGACCUUGCGGGCGCUGCAGGAUUUCAGUCCUUCACGGCGUAGUGUGUUACCAAUUGUUUUCUUGGUGACUAUGGUCCCAGCUGCCUUGAGAUCAUUGACAAGAUCCUCCCGUGUAGUUCUGGGCUGAUUCCUCACCGUUCUCAUGAUCAUUGCAACUCCACGAGGUGAGCUCUUGCAUGGAGCCCCAGGCCGAGGGAGAUUUACAGUUAUUUUGUGUUUCUUCCAUUUGCGAAUAAUCACACCAACUGUUGUCACCUUCUCACCAAGCUGCUUGGCGAUGGUCUUGUAGCCCAUUCCAGCCUUGUGUAGGUCUACAAUCUUGUCCCUGACAUCCUUGGAGAGCUCUAUGGUCUUGGCCAUGGUGGAGAGUUUGGAAUCUGAUUGAUUGAUUGCUUCUGUGGACAGGUGUCUUUUAUACAGGUAACAAGCUGAGAUUAGGAGCACUCCCUUUAAGAGUGUGCUCCUAAUCUCAGCUCAUUACCUGUAUAAAAGACACCUCUGAGGCAUAAAUCUUUCUGAUUGAGAGGGGGUCAAAUACUUAUUUCCCUCAUUAAAAUGCAAAUCAAUUUUUGACAUGCAUAUUUCUGGAUUUUUGUGUUGUUAUUCUGUCUCUCACUGUUCAAAUAAACCUACCAUUAAAAUGAUAGACUGAUCAUUUCUUUGUCAGUGGGCAAACGUACAAAAUCAGCAGGGGAUCAAAUACUUUUUUUUACAAAAAAAUAAUGUUUGAUCCAUGGUAUGACCAUCUUAAAACAAUUCCAUAUGUUAGCUUAGUACCCCACCCCAGAGAAUACGUUUUGAGAUAAUUGGGUUGUUUGUGUUUGACAGUGGAUGAAGACAGCCCUGGGUCAUCUGAGAACAACAGCCCUGAAGAGGACUGUAGCAGAGGAUGCCAGCUCCAGUAGUGUCAAGGGAGAAAGUAACCAAGAGCUGCUUGCACACUGUAAGGUGGACACGUUCCCACCGCCCAAGCCAAAACAUUUACAUUUCAAAGUGGCUUGGUGUAGAAUUACACUGGAAAUGAAAUGAAAGAACACAUACAAUGGCUUUAGAAAGUAUUCACACCCCUUGACUUUUUCAAAAAAUUGAAUAAGUCAAGGGGUGUGAAUACUUUCUGAAGGCACUGUAUAUGUACUCAAAGUAGUUGGGUCAUUCUUGAAUUGCUGUGGCAUUUGCAUCCCUUGCCUUUGUAACCAUGAAAAACACUAAAAAGGACAAAUAGUUACACAUCAUUAAUGUUUAUAUUGAACUGUUUAUCAAUGAUAAAACAUAAUGCAAAUCCUUCAUACUGCAAAACUGUAUGCAGUACUUAGGGCAAGCACAUUGACCCAGUAGAGUUGUAGUGACAUAUUUUGGGCAUUUAGAGAUAUCUAUUAUUUGGAAUGCUAGAAAGUAAAGAACAUAUGUUGUAUAGUUCAAUGAAAACAAAUAAGGCUAUUAAAGAAGGAAAAUAAUGUGCAGUACCAGUCAAAAGUUUGGACACACCUACUCAUUCCAGGGUUUUCUUCAUUUUUACUAUUUUCUACAUUGUAGAAUAAUAGUGAAGACAUCAAAACUAUGAAAUAACACAUACGGAAUCAUUUAGUAACCAAAAAAGUGUUAAACAAAUCAAAAUAUAUUUGAGAAUUGAGAUUCCUCAAAUAGCCACCCUUUGCCUUGAUUACAGCUUUGCACACGCUUGACAUUCUCUCAACCAGCUUCACCUGGAAUGCUUUUCCAACAGUCUUGAAGGAGUUCCCACAUAUGCUGAGCACUUGUUGGCUGCUUUUCCUUCAAUCUGCGGUCCGACUCAUCCCAAACUAUCUCAAUUGGGUUGAGGUCGGGGGUUGUGGAGGCCAGGUCAUCUGAUGCAGCACUCCAUCACUCUCCUUCUUGGUAAAAUAGCCCUUACACAGCCUGGAGGUGUGUUGGUUCAUUGUCCUGUUGAAAAACAAAUGAUAGUCCCACUAAGCCCAAACCAGAUGGAAUGGCGUAUCGCUGCAGAACGCUGUGGUAGCCAUGCCUGGUUAAGUGUGCCUUGAAUUUGAAAUAAAUCACUGACAGUGUCACCAGGAAAGCACCCCCACACCAUAACACCUCCUCCUCAAUGCUUUACGGAGAUCAUCCGUUCACCCACACCACGUCUAACAAAGCCACGGUGGGUGGAACCAAAAAUCACCAAUUUGGACUCCAGACCAAAGAACACAUUUCCACAGGUAGAGGUAACUCUGGGUCUUCCAUUCCUGUGGCGGUCCUCAUGAGAGCCAGUUUCAUAUGUUCCGUAUUGACUGACCUUCAUGUCUUAAAGUAAUGAUGGACUGUUGUUUCUCUUAAAAAGGCACACCUGUUAGUUGAAAUGCAUUCCAGGUGACUACCUCAUGAAGCUAGUUGAGAGAAAGCCAAGAGUGUGAAAAGCUGUCAUCAAGGCAAAGGGUGGCUAUUUGAAGAAUCUCAAAUAUAAAAUAUAUUUUUUAUUUGUAACACUCUUUUGGUUACUACAUGAUUCCAUAUGUGUUAUUUCAUAGUUUUGAUGUCUUCACUAUUAUUCUACAAUGUAGAAAAUAGUAAAAAAAUUAAGAAAAACCCUUGAAUGAGUAGAUGUGUCCAUAGUUGACUGGUAGUGUAUAUAAUAAAAAAUAUAUAUUUACCAAAAAAUAUAUGGGGAUUGGAAAUGAUGCAGAUAAUUACAUUGAUAGAAGCCACAAUCUGUCUGCAAUAUUAACGCUGAUCUACCCCCCCCCCCCCCCCCCCCCCCCCCCACAAAAAAAAUACAAAAAAACAAGACUAUUAAAAUACCUACUUUUUUUAAACGGAUAUAAUAUGUUUCCUUAAGUUUUAUGUCAUUGGUGUUACCGCCUUGAAAAUCACUCAUUACAAAGAUAUAUAAGGCAACAGUAUACAUGUCGUCCCCCACGAAUGAUGCAGCCUUGGGCCAAUUAGUAACAACAAUUCAAACAAGGGUAACACUUUAUUUGAAGGUACACAUACUAGCCACUAUUUUGUAGUUUAUAAGUAUGUAUAUAAGUAGCUUAUAAGGCCUUAAUUAAGUGAGUUGUUAUUCAAAGGCAUGUAAUACUGGCCAAUCCUUAAUAACCUAAUUAUUAGCUAUAAUAAAGUCAUAUUUAUAGUUAAUAAGUAGCAAGUUACACAAAAAUCUGUCUCAAUGUGGUAUUAAUAAGGGCAUAGUACCUGAAUAUGUGUUCCCUAUUCUGAAGUGUGACGUUAUUUUUACUUGCAGAAUAUUUUUUUUCCAUUAAUGACCUCAUUGGACAGAAAGGGGCACACCUCCCUCAUAUACAGUGGGGAGAACAAGUAUUUGAUACACUGCCGAUUUUGCAGGUUUUCCUACUUACAAAGCAUGUAGAGGUCUGUAAUUUUUUAUCAUAGGUACACUUCAACUGUGAGAGACAGAAUCUAAAACAAAAAUCCAGAAAAUCACAUUGUAUGAUUUUUAAGUAAUUAAUUUGCAUAUGUCUGUGAUAUGGGGUUGCCUCAACUGAUGUGGUUGCCUCAAUUGAAAUGUAAAUGAAGGGCAAUUACAAUGCUAGCAAAAUUAUUCAUCAUAUCACUUUAGUAAAUUAUUUUGAAAGGGUUAAAGAGUUAAUAUUUGACUGUCUGUGGCCUCCAUUUAAGAAAAUCCUAAUUUACCAAAAAUGUGUCAUUGGUGUUACCGUCAUUGGUGUUACUACUACUACUGGUGGCACAAUGUUAUCAUAAUGGUAUAAAUUAUUUAAAGUCAUUAAACUGUCAUAUUAGUUUAUUUGAAAUGGGAAGAUGUACCCAAAUACAUUUAAAUAAUUACAAUCUAGAGCAUGGACGUUUCCAAAAUCCCCAAAUGCCACUGCAAUUCAAUAACGACCCAGUUGUCAUUGUUUCCAUCAAGGAGUUAUGGUAAUUACAAACGCAACUACGCAUUAUGAAUACAUUGUCUUAUAAAUGCAUGUGUGCUGGGCAUCCUAAAGAUAAAAGGUACUCUUAAAAUAAUCACAUCAAUCAUAUCAUUUUACCAGGCUUUGGUUUGUUUCUUCAGAACAAUACUAAACUGGAAUGUAGUAAGGGAUAUUCUGUGAGAUAGCACUGCCGUGUAUUAUUGAAAUCUAACAUUAACUUUUUAUUUGAAAUAUCGCAACUCUGACACUUCUAAUGCUUUACUGACUGUUUCAUCUAGUAGUGCAUUGCAGUACACAUACUUAAAAAUGCAUGCACAUGAUGUUAUUUGAAUGUUCAAUUACACUGAAAUUCAUGGAAACAACAUGUACAUUAAACAUUUUGCACUGUAUGUACUGAAUGUACUGUUUAUUGCUAGGAUAUGGGGUGGUUGUUUAGUGUUAGCACAUAGUACAGGGGUAGGCCACCCUGUUCCUGGAGUGCCUCAGGUACUGCAGGAUUUUAUCCCAACUAGGCACCACACUGAGCUACUUAGUUAAUUGAUCAGUUUGGUGAUUUCCUAAAUUCAAUCUGGUCCUCUAGGCCGGUUAAAUCAAAAACAGGACCACAGUUGCCUAACCCUGACAUAGUAGGUGGACAGCAUACUACCACUACCACGCUCCAUCCCCAAGUGGCAGCACCAACCGGGUCAGGUAUUGUGCUCUGCCAAGAAGCCUCGAUAAGCACACAGGUGCGGGCAAUUAAGUCAAUCACUGAGAGAAAGGUGGCCACAAGCCUCUCGGCCUGGCAGCGUUUGUUUUGUGUUAGCUUUAGUUUUGGGGCAUGCCUCUUUGUACUUUUGUUUUUAUAUAUAUUUAUUUUGUCACCAUGAACUGAACAAGUCGAUAAUCUGCUUGGGCUGGCCAACUAAGGGGUCAAGACGGAGCUGGCCCUGGACCCCGGUAAGUUUGCUGUGUCCUGGGCAACACGGUCCGUAUACUCUAACUUCUCACAUAAAUGCACACUUAAAAUCAGGUUACAGCCCAUGUAGCUAGUCCUAGGACCCCUAGACAUAGCGAGUGCAACAAUAUCAGUAGGGUAGCUAGCUGGUAUUGUAACAUUAUCCCUUGUGUAGUGAUGUGUAAUGAGUGUGUAGUCUUAAAACAUUAGGAGCUGGUUUCCCAGACACAUAUUAAGCCUAGUACUUUGACUAUUGCAUGCUCACUGAAGAAUCUGUCAAAUACAGUGGGGAAAAAAAGUACUUAGUCAGCCACCAAUUGUGCAAGUUCUCCCACUUAAAAAGAUGAGAGAGGCCUGUAAUUUUCAUCAUAGGUACACGUCAACUAUGACAGACAAAAUGAGAAAAACAAUUCCAGAAAAUCACAUUGUAGGAUUUUUCAUGAAUUUAUUUCCAAAUUAUGGUGGAAAAUAAGUAUUUGGUCAAUAACAAAAGUUUCUCAAUACUUUGUUAUAUACCCUUUGUUGGCAAUGACACAGGUCAAAUGUUUUCUGUAAGUCUUCACAAGGUUUUCACACACUGUUGCUGGUAUUUUGGCCCAUUCCUCCAUGCAGAUCUCCUCUAGAGCAGUGAUGUUUUGGGGCUGUCGCUGGGCAACACGGACAUUCAACUCCCUCCAAAGAUUUUCUAUGGGGUUGAGAUCUGGAGACUGGCUAGGCCACUCCAGGACCUUGAAAUGCUUCUUACGAAUCCACUCCUUCGUUGCCCGGGCGGUGUGUUUGGGAUCAUUGUCAUGCUGAAAGACCCAGUCACGUUUCAUCUUCAAUGCCCUUGCUGAUGGAAGGAGGUUUUCAUUCAAAAUCUCACGAUACAUGGCCCCAUUCAUUCUUUCCUUUACACGGAUCAGUCGUCCUGGUCCCUUUGCAGAAAACAGCCCCAAAGCAUGAUGUUUCCACCCCCAUGCUUCACAGUAGGUAUGGUGUUCUUUGGAUGCAACUCAGCAUUCUUUGUCCUCCAAACACGACGAGUUGAGUUUUUACCAAAAAGUUAUAUUUUGGUUUCAUCUGACCAUAUAACAUUCUCCCAAUCCUCUUCUGGAUCAUCCAAAUGCACUCUAGCAAACUUCAGACGGGCCUGGACAUGUACUGGCUUAAGCAGGGGGACACGUCUGGCACUGCAGGAUUUCAGUCCCUGGCGGUGUAGUGUGAUACUGAUGGUAGGCUUUGUUACUUUGGUCCCAGUUCUCUGCAGGUCAUUCACUAGGUCCCCCUGUGUGGUUCUGGGAUUUUUGCUCACCGUUCUUGUGAUCAUUUUGACCCCACGGGGUGAGAUCUUGCGUGGAGCCCCAGAUCGAGGGAGAUUAUCAGUGGUCUUGUAUGUCUUCCAUUUCCUAAUAAUUGCUCCCACAGUUGUUUUCUUCAAACCAAGCUGCCUACCUAUUGCAGAUUCAGUCUUCCCAGCCUGGUGCAGGUCUACAAUUUUGUUUCUGGUGUCCUUUGACAGCUCUUUGGUCUUGGCCAUAGUGGAGUUUGGAGUGUGACUGUUUGAGGUUGUGGACAGGUGUCUUUUAUACUGAUAACAAGUUCAAACAGGUGCCAUUAAUACAGGUAACGAGUGGAGGACAGAGGAGCCUCUUAAAGAAGAAGUUACAGGUCUGUGAGAGCCAGAAAUCUUGCUUGUUUGUAGGUGACCAAAUACUUAUUUUCCACCAUAAUUUGCAAAUAAAUUCAUAAAAAAUCCUACAAUGUGAUUUUCUGGAAUUUCUUUUCUCAAUUUGUCUGUCAUAGUUGACGUGUACCUAUGAUGAAAAUUACAGGCCUCUCUCAUCUUUUUAAGUGGGAGAACUUGCACAAUUGGUGGCUGACUAAAUACUUUUUUUCCCCACUGUAUACCAGGACUAACAACAGAAAACCAUUGUAACUUCAGUCCAGCCCCCACUCUGUCUGCAGCAACAUGUUAUUUUCUGUGUGGGAGCAGCUCCCUAACAUGUUUCGUCUGAAUAAUGAAUCACUUUCCAGAGAAGAGCUGCACUGUGUUGACUUCCCGUCUGCAUUGCGCACAAUCUGUUCUCUUUAAGGCUGAAUAUUAAGAGAUACAAGAGUUUUCCGGGAAUGUGAGGGCAAGGCCGACCGAAAGACCAUUAGAGUGGGAGGAAGAAAGAGGAAGGGAGAGCAAGAGGGGAAGAGUAAGCGAGAGAUGGGAUAGAGUAAAAUGUUUUGCGAUAGAAUGAGAGAGCCAAGAAGACGAGAACCUAUUUGGCUGUCAGCAUCUUGUGGAGCUCUCUCUGUUUACACAGUCUAACAGACUGAGACUAUCCCCUGAAGGGCUGUGUAGAAGGGAGGUGGGUAGUGAGAAAGAAAACAACAAGAGGCUAGAGUCAAAAUGGCUACAGUCUUCUCUGGCUCUUAAUCUGGUACCCGUAAUUGAGUUUAGUUUCUGAAUGUCAGGUAUCCAUCCGCACUCCUUCUUGCACAAUCCCAGCAUCUGCUGUCAACUUUAUCACAGCAUAGAGACUAAAACAGGAAACUAACUGUCCCUUUUGCUUGACUACCUUCCUGCUGUAGAGAGCAAAAAUGAUGAGUCAAAACAGCAGUCAGUGGUUGUUGUUGUCGUCUCCAACAAGAGAACCCAUCUGUCAUCUCCUGGAGCGCCAGCUCCGGUUGCUGGGGGGGGGGCCAGGAGCUGAGAAUCGAACUACAGGAAAUGCCAUCCUAGGUGAGGAGGUCUUCCAGACUAGGGCAGAGGCUGUGCACAGCUCCGUUGGCCAUGGGGAAGUCUGCGGAUCACCGUAGUUGACACCCCAACCUGGAUUACAUCCUGUGACUCAGCGGAUAAUGCCACUGGGGCCCCACCAGAACGGGUGAGCGAGGAGGGACUGUGUGUCGUUGCCACACUCCGUCACCCAGGGCCCCACGCGCUUCUACUUGUGGUCCCCGUGUCGCAGUCCUUCAGGCUGCAGAGAAGCAGAUAGGUCAUCUAGGUGGAGGGGCCUGGAGGUCCACCAUCGUACUCUUCACUGGAGGAGUUCAUCACGGCUAAUGGGAAGCCCCUGAUGGAGAGGUGUGGUAACAGAUACCAUGGCCUGGAUAGUAACACACAGCAGAGUGGGGAUGACAAUACGGUGAACACACAAGUUCAGGAGCUGCUGGAGAAGGUAGAGGAGCUGGUUAAGUACAACCAUGGCUGGUAUUUUGCAGCUGGAGUAGGAGCAAGCAAGGAGGGCGGUUGA